AUGAAUGAAUUGGAAGAUGGAUUUUCGUACGAACAUCAUUUACGGGGUCCAUCAUUUCACGUUGAACCUCCACCAAAAGUAGAAUUUUCAAACACGAGCGGGAUAUGGAUAGAUUGUACAGCAUCCGGAAAUCCACCGCCAUCUAUAACGUGGAUUUCAAUCGACGGAUCAUCCGUCGAAGAUGUUGUCGCAGUCAGGAGAGUAUUAAGAAAUGGAACUUUGAUACUUUUGCCUUUCACAGCUGCCGCUUAUCGACAGGAUAUACACAACACGGUUUAUAGGUGUAUUGCAUCGAAUGCUGUCGGAAAAAUAAUGAGUAGAGACGUGCAAAACCUUCUAUUGCGCAUAAUAAACGAUUGGAUGACCACAAAAACUUUAUUGAUCAAUUAA